AUGGCGGGCGAUCGCGCAAGCCGAGCUCGCGUCGCCGCGCAGCCGCUGGAGCACGCGUGCUUUCCACCGAUGCGGGAGGAUGCAGGUGCGGCGCGCGAUGCGAGCGCGGUCGAGGCCGAGGCGAAAGGUCUCUUGGAGCAGCUGCUGCACGCGUACCACUGCCUCGAGGCGAAUCCGCACCUGCACUCGCUGCUGUACCCGGGGCGCGGCCUGCCGGAGCUGCCGCUCGACCGGAUCCUUCGCGACGACGUCUACCGCGAGCAUGAGAGGUCAGUCGAGUCGUUCAAGAAGGAGCUGGCCGAGCUCGCCAAGCGCGUCACCAAGGCGGAGGCGGCUGCGGCGGAGGCCCAGCGGGCCGCCGAGGAGGCGAAGCGGUCGGGCAAGUCGGGCGCCAAGACCUGCUUCUGGUGCGGCGAGGAGGGGCACGUCAAGCCUGACUGCCCCGUCUUCAAAGCCGAUUUGCCGAAGGUCAAGAAGGGCAACUGA